UAUGUAAAGAUUCGAAAGUGAUGUGAAUGUGGAAGGAGAAUCUUAAGCAGCUUACACUAGAUUUGAAUCAUCACCAUCUGUUGGAUAAUUAUCUGGUACUCAUUUGGAAAAAUAAACAAUUAUCAAAUCAACUAUUAUUGCAUCUAUUGGAUCAUUCAUUUUUACUUAUGGUAUUUUAGCAUCAUCAGGCAAUAACAUGGCAAUCUUAGUCAUAUUCUUCUUAAGUGUACUUAUGACUGAUCGUUUAACUGUAUUCAAUCCUGCUGUUAGCUUCAUUGAUUUACUUAUGGCUAGAAUUGGAUUCUAAGAAUUUAUGUUUAAUGUUAUUGGUUAAGUUGGUGGUAGUCUAUUAGGUGCAAUGGUGUGUUUCUUUGUUUUAUAAGAUUUCACUAAUGCACCAUAUUUAGAUGCUAAAAUUGGUGAUAAUUUAAUUGGAGUAUUAAAAUAUAUUCAUUAAGUAAAUAGUCAGUUGAAGGAGAAUUAUUUGGAUCCAUGUUAUUUAUGAUAGUAUUGGUAUUGUAACAAGAUGAUUACUUGAGAUUCUCAGAUGAUAAAUUAGAACAUGCUCUUGUUGUGACAUUAGGAUUUGGAGCAGCUCGUGUUUUGGCAUCAGAAGGACAAUCACUUUUUAAUCCAGCAUUUGCUUUUAGGUAUUCUUAGAUAAAAAAUAUUAUUAAGUUUGGAAUUAUUUGAAUGUAUUUAGGAUGGUACUUGGGGUAGAUUUGGAUUCUUAUGGGUAUUCACAUGUACUCCCUUUAUGGCAGCAGUUGUAGCAAUUAUGUUCAAUAGUCAAAUAUAUAAGAGAUUUUAUGAUAAGAAAAUUUAAUACGGAUUUUGAUUUAUUAAUUAUGAAUUAAGCAUUUACAAAAGAGUAAUAGUUAUUAGUCGAUGAAAUCAUAAACAAGGGUUAUAAUCAAGAUGAUUUUGAGGACUUUGUUUUACUCAAAGAACCCAAUAAAGGUUCAAAUCAUUUUUUAUUCUUUAGGUUAAGAUUUAACUUAAUGGACCUAUGAAGAAUUAUUGAAAAUCAUCUAAUUAUAUCAAUAAGAGAGUAAGAAAAUAUAAUUAUUAUAUAGAAAAAGAACAAUUAUCAAAUUCAUAUCAAAUAGUUGAACUUGAUUCUCCAGACAUUUCUGAUCAAAUUCAAAUUAUUGAUAGAGAUACUUUUGUCAAAAAAUAAACUUUGGAAUCCAUUAAAAUAGUAUAUUAUUUUAUUAAUUUAUCUUUAGACUGAUAAAAUAUCCUUGAUUCAAUUUGAAAAGACAAUCAAUUGUAAAUAAAUGUAUUUUUUUAUUGAUGAAAACAUUGAACUCUAAUUUGAUAUCAGUCCGUAUUUUAUUCUAAUAACAAUCAAGUCCCAUUCAAGAAGGAGGUGGUAUUCUAGAUUUCUUUUCAAAAUCUAUUGUAUUUCCAAUUCAAAUAUUCCCAAUGGAAUGGAAGGUAAAAAGAACACUUCAAGAUUUUAUUCAACUUAGAAACAUACUAUCAGCAGCUUUUCCAGAAUAUAUUGUAAAUUAUUUUAUUAUUUAGAUUCCUUCCUUUCCUUAUAAUGAUAUCAAUGACUAUGAUAUUAUUAUGAAAGAACAAUAAAAUAUUAUCAAAGUCUUAAAUGUAAUAUCCAUUUUAUCAUAUUAUAGGUAUUCCUAUAAAUAUAUAACAAAAAACCUAUUGUUAGAACAUUGUUUUCAAGUUUACUAUUUUUAAAUGAAGAUAAUUCAAAACAAUUUUAAUUGAAAUUUUACAAAGAACAAACUCUAUAAAAAUAAUACAAUUUAAAUUAAAAACAAACUAAAACUGGUACUCUUACUUUUUAAUUCAAUCAAACUCAAUAUCAAAAAUAUAAAGAUUAUUAAGUAUAUUUAAAUGGAGAAUAAGCAAAUUAUGAAAUCAUAUAAAAAUAUUUAGAAUAAUUUGCUGAAUUCACUUAUAAAGGUUAAUAAAGUCUUGGUUACUCAAUAGAAAUGAUUUAAUCUUUGUGUAAUUCACUUCCAUCAUAUACAGAAGCUUAAGAAUUUGGAAAAGCUUUAUGUAUGAUUAAAACAUAUUUUGUAAUUUGAAUUCAAUAUUUAGAUAGCAAACUUAAAAAGAUUUUGUAUUAAGAUCAACAAAAUAAAUCAUGGAUGUCUUAUUAAUAACUUUAGUUAAAUUCAAGAAUUCAAGAUAAUAAUUAACUGAAUUGAGAACAAAUCUUUUAGAAACUUUUUAAAAUUUUUCAAAUGAAUUCAAUCUUCUUGAAAAAAGAAAGGAAGAAUUAUUUUUAAUAAGUAAAUGUGAAUUAAAUAUAAAUUUAGAGGAUUUAUAAAAAUGGGGAUUGAAUUAAGAAUAAUAACUUAAGGUUGAUAUAAAUAAAUGUUUUACUGAUUUGAGAUAUGCCAAAGAGAUUAUGUUACCAAAAGAUACAUUCUAUGUAGAUGAAAAAAGAGAUCAAUAUGUUUAUAUGUUAAAUAAAUUUAAUGAAUAAUAUGAAUAACAAUUCAUUAUAGAAACUGAUAAACUACUUAAUGAAAUUUAAUAUUAUUUAGAUAAUAUGAGAUGUUAUACUAAUAAUUAAGUAAUAAAUUAUUUUAUUAAUAGCUUCAAAAUUGGGAUUUCUUAAUUUAAGAAUAUGAAGAAUAUAAAAUAUCUUAUUAAAAAUAGAUAUAUGUAAAAUGA